AUGGGCUCAAUCGAUUCUAUCGGACCACUUUUUGAACCCCUUCGCUUGGGGGCUCUGUCCCUCAAACACCGUGUCAUUCAGGCUCCUUGUACUCGCAUGCGUGCUACGAAAGAGUCUGAGGGUAUUUUUGUCCCAAAUGAUCUCAACGUGGAGUAUUACUCCCAGCGUGCUUCAGACGGUGUUCAGGCUGCUGGUUAUCCAGGUGUUCCCGGAAUUUUUACCGAAUCCCAAAUCGCCGGCUGGAAGCGGGUCACCGAUGCGGUUCAUGCCAAAGGUGCAUUGAUUCUUUGUCAGUUAUGGCACGUCGGUAGAGCGACUACACCCUCUUUGCUCGGAGGACAACAGCCCAUCAGCUCCAGUGAUAUUCCCAUCAGCGGCGAUGCAUUGGAUGGAACUGCAUAUGCUGCAUCUCCUCCGAGACCAAUGACUAUGGAGGAGAUCCAAGAUCUUGUCAAGGAGUAUGGAGCUGCAUCGAAAAGAGCAAUGGAAGCUGGGUUUGACGGCGUUGAGAUCCAUGGUGCUAACGGCUACAUCCUGGAUCAAUUCCUUCACGACAACGUUAACAAGCGUACUGAUGAGUACGGCGGAUCCAUUGAGAAUCGAUCACGUAUCAUUCUUGAGGUCAUCAAGGAAGUCACUUCAGCUAUCGGUGCUGAUCGUGUUGGCAUCCGCUUGUCUCCUUAUAACUAUUUUCAGGAUACUCGUGAUUCUAGUCCCAAUACCCACUGGCUUAAAGUAUGCUCGUCAAUUGCUAGUUUAUCCGAUGAGUCUAAGCCCAUAUAUGUCCAUAUGGUGGAGCCUCGUUUUGAUGAGGUACUGGAUGAGAAGGCUAAGAUUGAUUCCUUGCCUUCGGAAAAGCCAUCCCUGGAUGUCUUCCGACCGACAUUGAAGAAAGGGGGCAUCGCACUCAUGGUAAAUGGAAAUUUCAAUGCGAGCAACUCCGGGUCGAAGCUGCUUAAUGAUGGAGCUGAUGCGGUAGCAUUUGGGCGAUACUUCAUCUCUAAUCCGGAUCUGCCUCGACGUUUGAAGGAAGGUCUGCCAUUGAACAAAUAUGAUCGGUCGACCUUCUACGGGGCGAGCCUUCCUGAGAAGGGAUACACUGAUUAUCCAUUCUACAGUGAAUAG